AUGUGCGCCGACGGAACAGGCCUUUUUCGGGGAGAGCAGGCCAAUUCACCAAGUAACCUACCCGCAGCCUUGGGGGGUGACGACGCCAAAAGCGCAGUCCCCAUUCGUGCCCGCGACGACUUGGUUCGGCUCGAUGGGUGUGAUGACGAUGCCUGCGCUGGUGGCCGACGCACAGGCGAGGAGCGAAAGCGCAGGCUUCAUGGCGCAGCGAACCGUCAAGGGCAACCGAGCGUCGGCAAGUCGAAAAGGCAGCAGAAUCGACGUGAUGAUGGGCGGGCGGUGGCCAGACUGAACAAGAAAGAUGGGAGACGGUCCGACGACGGCGAGCGUGGUGGGAAGCACGAGUCCACGCUUGAUUUUGAUCCACGCGUGACGGUGACGUUUCAGGAUGCCGGCUGA